CGCGGGGGUCUAUCUGACCUUCUCAUCCAUCUCCACCGGAAAUCCUUCCAUUUCACACACACUGCAUAGCACCAUGCCUCUGUCCACGGGCUUCCGAAAACAUCUGAGGUGGAGAAGCAGGGAAUCUACUCCGACUUUGUCUCAACAUUCGCUGCCAGACAGGAGGACAUCGGUAGCGAAACGGUCCCAAAGGAAGAAGAAGAAUCUUAUCGGGCAUCCCAUUUCUAAGAUGGAAAUCGGUGCCCCGCGAUGGACUUUGACGGACAGCAUGACAAAUGUUCUGACAGACCAGCGUUUCAGAGGCAUUGAAACAGAUGAGAGGUUAGAAACCGACCCUAUCGUAAUGCUGCCCGAGACACAAGAAGCUGCGCAACAAUUAAAUGAAGGAGCAAUGAGAAAGCCGUGCUUCAUCGGUUCGGUCAGCCCUGUGGCGUCAACGGAGUCCUAUGAAUCCAUCCCGAGGGGCAAAGAUAAAGACGACAUUUCACCAGAAAGCCUGCCACGACUUAUCCCAAAAGACUCUGUUCGCUUGAGCGCAGAACACGUUCAGAGACUGCCACCACCACCAGAUAUCACGGUGACGGCAGCAGAUAGGACGGAAAUAAAGCCGCUGAGUGAUGUUCCUGCCUUCGUAACCGCCAACAUGAAGAGCAGAAAAGAUGAUAAAUGCAUAUACCUCAUGAGCACGCCGUAUACGCUCACGCAACCCUCUUUCCGUCAUGGCCCCAUUGUUCUUUCCAAAGCUGACGUGGGUAGAGGGAUCGAGACUUUGGACGACACAUUAGACUGGGAAGCAUUCCAGAUAGCAAUUCAAGGGGGGGUGGGAGAUUUCUUCCAAGACAUAUCAAAAGAACAAGAUGAAGAGGAGAUGGAGGAGAUUAUAUCAUGGUUCGAUACGUUUGGCUUUGAGACACACGGGGUGCUGGUAACCGAGGACGUGCCCGAGCUAGAGUUUGAGCCUGGGCCGUCGAUGCGACCGUCGUCAGACAGCACUCUCUCGUCAACGCCUUCCACCAUCGACAUUGAUAAUAACCUGCCCAUCCCAGUGGGUGCCGAGUUCCCUUCCGGGUUCUGGAACGCUCUAGAACCCGGCCAGGCAUUUGAAAAAGUUAAAUUCUCCAAAAACACAGGACUGAAGCGAUGGCUCUGCGAAGGGGGACCCAAACGCCCUUCAUUCCACAGCUCGGAUGAGAGUCUACCACCGAGUCCGAUGAUGCCGCUCAUGGUUGACGACGAAAGCCCUCUUUCGGAUAGAGUACCGAUGGGUUGUAACCUAGGCCAUGACCUUGGUGACUUUUUGAAGUGGCAGGAGGAAAACAUUGUAUAUGUCUGAGUUUAGUAUGCUGCCGCAACGAUGAUUGCGUU